AGGGCUAAAAUCGCGAAAAUAUACGUGAAGAAACCAAAUGGGUUCUAACGGAGAGAAGAAGACGGGAAUUCAAUGAAUAAAUGCAGUCCAAAAUAAGUUUCUUCUUUAAGCCAUCCACAUCGUCGUCUUCUGCAAAGCCCGUUCAGAGUCCUGCUCCGAUUUGUCGCGAAGGUGACGAUGAAUUGGCGCUUUGGGAGAAUACUAAACACGAAUUUAUCAGUACUUACAAGCGUAGAGCUCCAAAAUCAGACGACAGGGACAAGACGAUUGAAGCCAAUGAAGAUACAAUAACAAAACCAAUUUCAAGGGAUCUGAGUUUGAAACCAGAAUUAUUGAGUUUUGGGAAAGUUCUCAACAAGAAGAGAAACUACGCACAGUUUUAUUUGGACUUGGGUCAAUCUGAUUUCAAUCUCCGUACAUGUUCGAUAUGUGGGGUGAAAUAUGCCCCGGGGGAAGAAGGAGAUGAGAAGGAACAUAAAACAUUUCACAGGAAUUACACUCAUGGAGUUCAAUUCAAGGGGUUCCAGAAUGAAAGGGUUGUUGAUAUACCUUGCAAUGAAGGGGGGCGCAUUGUUUUGGUUUUAGAUAGUGACUCUGCUGCUCAGAGGAAUAAGGUACAGGAGGUUGUAAAGAUGAUGGAAAUUGAGCUUGGAGGUGGAUGGAUUUUUCGUAAGCUCUGCAAGGCAUAUCUUUUCAUCUGUUCCCACAGAGUCGCUGGUUGUUUAGUUGCUGAACCAAUACAAGAAGCGUUCAAAGUCCUUCCGCCUUCAGUAGAUAGAAGAUCUAAUAAUGCUACUAAAAAGGAUUCAAAAUCAAAAUGUACCACUCUCCAAUUUGGGGAUAUUAUCUUGCACAGAGAAAUAACAAAGAAAAUACCAUCUGUAAACUCUCUUGAAGUAUUGGAUAGGAACAGCAAUGGAGCUAUUGUCUGUGAAGAGGAAGCUACACCUGCUAUUUGUGGCAUUAGAGCAGUCUGGGUCACUCCGUCCAACAGAAGAAAACGCAUUGCCAGUCAGUUACUGGAUGCUGUGAGGAGAAGUUUUUGCAUGGGUUUUACUCUUGAACAAUCCCAGAUUGCAUUUUCACCACCAACCUCAGCUGGAAAGGGAUUGGCAUCCAGUUUUACUGGCACUGCAUCUUUCAUGGUAUACAAGCCCAUUGCUUUAGACGGUUGAAUGCUCUCAUUUUAGCCCUCUUUGCAUUACCCGUUGUGGUUUGGCAUAUAAGUGAGUUAGAAAAUAAUAAUAUGCUUUAAUUGCACACUAAUUGAUGGAUUAAAAAAAAAAAAAAAAAAAGAUGGUAUGUGAAUUUUGUUUUUCUUCACCUAGUCAACAAUUAGUUGUGGCAUGUUUAUGUGUUCACUUUAUCCUCGUCUCCAUUGAAAUUUGUAUCCAAUUGUGGUAAUGUAUCCCUACUUACUAUUGGUAGAAAAAGAAAGAAUCUUUCUUAAGGUUUCAA